UUCCGAGGAAUAUUAUAAGAAGAUUUUGGAGUCAUUCAAAUCAAAAAGCAUUGGCAUUUUGGUCAAGCUCAGAAUGCUUCUUGAAGACUCUAGAUCUACUGGCUUUAGAGGCUGUUUCCCUCAUUUGGGUCCCAUUAUUGUGAUUGUGGUCUCCCUUCUCAAUGCUGCUGUCCUCACUAAUUCUUCUGGAGGAACCGAGAAGGAAAUGAGACUCACUGCUGGUGAAAACAAUUGUAGUGGAAGAGUGGAAGUAAAAAUCCAGGGAGAGUGGAGGACAGUGUGCAGUAAUGGCUGGGACAUGAGUGCAGUCUCUGUAGUUUGCCGCCAGCUAGGGUGCCCAACUGCCAUCAUAGCCCCAGGAUGGGCUAACUCCAGUUUGCACCCUAGCUCUGGGAACACAUGGACAGAUCACGUUUUCUGUAGAGGAAAUGAGUCAGCUCUUUGGGAUUGCAAGCAUGAUGGAUGGGGAAAGCGUAACUGCACUCAGCCAGACGCAGGAGUGACUUGCUCAGAUGGAUCUAAUGUGGAGAUGAGACUGACAAAUGGGCAUCACCGGUGCGUAGGAAGAAUAGAGAUCAAAUUCCAAGGAAAGUGGGGAACAGUAUGUGAUGAUAUCUUCGGCAUGGAUGAUGCGUCUGUGGUUUGUAAACAACUUGGAUGUGGAGGAGCUAUUAGUUUUUCUGAUUCAGCUAAAUUUGGAAAAGGUUCUGGACCAAUCUGGCUUGAUAACAUGGACUGCCAUGGAAAUGAGUCGGCUCUCUGGGCCUGCAAACACCAAGGAUGGGGAAAUCAUAACUGCGAUCAUGCUGAGGAUGCUGGAGUGGUUUGCUUAGAUGGAGCAGAUCUGAGCCUGAGAUUAAUAGAUGGAGUCAGUGAAUGUUCAGGAAGACUGGAAAUGAAAUUCCAAGGAGAAUGGGGGACUGUGUGUGAUGAUGGUUGGGAUAGUCGUGAUGCUGCUGUGGUGUGCAAGCAACUGGGAUGUCCGACUGCUGUCACCGCCAUUGGUCGCGUUAAUGCCAGUCAGGGAUAUGGAAACAUUUGGCUUGACAAUAUUUCUUGCAAAGGACAUGAAUCUGUUCUUUGGGACUGUAAACAUAAGGAAUGGGGAAAGCAUAACUGUCACCACAAUGAAGAUGCUGGUGUGACAUGUUCUGAUGGGUCAGAUCUGGAGUUGAGACUCGUGGGUGGAAGCACACGCUGUGCUGGAACAGUGGAAGUAGAAAUCCAGAAACUGCUGGGGAAGGUGUGCGGCAGAGGCUGGACGCUGAAAGAAGCUGAUGUGGUGUGUAGACAGCUGGGGUGUGGCUCUGCUCUUCAAACGUCUUAUAACACGUACACCAGAGUCAAGACUACAAGCACGUGGCUCUCUACUGGCAGCUGCCAGGGAAAUGAAACUUCUCUUUGGGAAUGUGAGAAUUGGCAGUGGGGUGGCAUUUCCUGUGACAGCUAUAAGGAAGCCCAAGUUACCUGCUCAGCCCACAGAGAACCCAGGCUGGUUGGAGGAGACAUCCCGUGCUCUGGUCGAGUGGAAGUGAAACAUGCCGAUGUGUGGGGCACUAUCUGUGACUCUGACUUCUCUCUGGAAACUGCCAAUGUGCUGUGCAGGGAGUUACGGUGCGGCACAGUCCUCUCUAUCCUAGGAGCAGCUCACUUUGGAAAAGGAAGUGGACAGAUCUGGAAUGAAGAAUUCCAGUGCAAAGGGGAUGAGUCCCAUCUUUCACUCUGCCCAGUGGCACCCCAUCCAUAUGGAACGUGUGACCACAGCAGAGAUGUUGGAGUCAUCUGCUCAAGAUACACAGAAAUUCGCCUGGCAAAUGGCAAGUCCUCAUGUGAAGGAAGAGUGGAGCUGAAAGUGCUUGGAGCCUGGGGACCCUUGUGCAGCUCUCACUGGGACAUGGAAGAUGCUCAUGUUUUAUGCAAGCAGCUUAAAUGUGGAAUAGCUCUAUCUACUCCAGGAAAAGCACACUUUGGAAAAGGAGAUGGUCAGGUCUGGAGGCAUAUGUUCUACUGCAACGGGACUGAGCAGCAAAUUGGAGACUGCCCUGUAACUGUUCUGGGUGCAACACUUUGUUCUGAAGGGCAAAUAGCCUCUGUAAUAUGCUCAGGAAACCAGUCCCAUACGUUGUCUCCAUGUAAUUCAUCAUCUUUGGCCCCAACGAGCUCCACUAUUACAGAAGAAAGUUCUGUUCCCUGCCUAGAAAGUAGUCGACUUCGCCUGGUAAAUGGAGGUGGUCGCUGUGCUGGGAGAAUCGAAGUUUUUUAUGAGGGCUCCUGGGGCACCCUCUGUGAUGACAGCUGGGACCUAGGUGAUGCCCACGUAGUCUGCAGGCAGCUGGACUGUGGAGUAGCUAUUAAUGCCACUGGCUCUGCUCAUUUUGGAGAGGGAACAGGGCCUAUCUGGCUGGAUGAGAUAAACUGCAAUGGAAAAGAAUCUCAUGUUUGGCAAUGUCAUUCACAUGGCUGGGGUCAACAUAAUUGCAGGCACAAGGAGGAUGCAGGUGUUAUCUGCUCAGAGUUCACCUCUCUGAGGCUGACCAGCGAAGCCGGCCCACAGACCUGUGCGGGACGUCUGGAAGUGUUCUAUAAUGGUGUGUGGGGUAGCGUUGGCAGCAGGAACAUGUCUCCAACCACCGUGGGAGUGAUAUGCCGGCACCUGGGCUGUGCAGAGAGCGGGGCCAUCCAAAGUAAGCCCCUAGACAAAACACCAUCCAGGUUCAUGUGGAUUGACAAUGUGCAGUGCCCCAAAGGACCAGAUACCUUAUGGAAGUGCCUGUCAUCUCCAUGGAAGCAGAAACAGGUUAGCCCAUCUGAGGAGACAUGGAUCACCUGUGACAGUAAGAUCAGACUUCAGGAAGGACAUGAGAAUUGCUCCGGCCGUGUGGAGGUCUGGCAUGGAGGCUCCUGGGGGUCAGUGUGUGAUGAUUCCUGGGAUCUUAACGAUGCUCAGGUUGUAUGUCGGCAGCUGGGCUGUGGCCCAGCUGUGAAGGCACUGAAAGAAUCAGCAUAUGGUCAGGGGACUGGACCUAUCUGGCUCAAUGAAGUGAAGUGCAGAGGGAAUGAGUCUUCCUUGUGGGACUGUCCUGCCAGGGCUUGGCAUCACAGCGACUGUGGGCACAAGGAAGAUGCUGCUGUGCAGUGCCUCCCAGGAAGCUCAUCAGCGUCACGCCAUAACACAGGUCAUCCAGCCCUCACUGCAGUCGCCACCGUCGCGGUCAUUCUGUUGCUCCUUCUCAUCACAUUCUUCUUAUGGACUCUGAAGCGAAGACAGAUACAGCAACUUGCAGUCUCUUCAAGAGGAGAGAUUUUGGUUCACCAAGUUCAAUACCAGGAGAUGAACUCAAAGGAAGAUGAUGUGGACCUGCUGAAGUCCUCAGAAUCUAAGAUACUGUGACAAGACCUGUCCAGCUGACUGGAACUAGAACUAAUCUGGUCCCCCGAAGAUCACAGUUGCUUCUCUAUAGAAUCCUGUUUCCUGGCAUUCUGCUAAACUUACAACUAUUAAAUUUGCAAAUGUGACUAUUUAAUGUGUACAUGAGAAUCUCAAGGGAAUUAAAUAGAAACAAUUAUUGAUUUAA